AUGUUGUUAACUGCCGAGCCUCUACUCUUCACACUACGGCCUGGAGUCGCUCUAGUGCUCUGGGCUGUUAUUCUUGGGGUUGUUUAUUUGGUCUCAAUACCAAUCUAUAAUGUCUGGUUCCAUCCACUUCGCAAGUACCCCGGUCCCAGGCUGUGGGCCGCAACUCGGAUCCCAUACGCCCGCAUGAUCUUCUCUGGCAAUUCUCAUCGAAAAAUUCUCCAACUUCAUCAGACUUAUGGAGACGUUGUGCGAGUGGCACCUGAUGAGCUAGCUUACGUUGAUGGCACUGCUUGGAAUGAUAUUAUGGGCCAUCGAAAGCGAGGCCAGGGGGAGAACGGCAAAGAUCCCGUAUUCUGGAAAUCGCAACAACACAGCGUCAUCAGCGCUGACCGCGAAAAUCAUACUCGAAUGCGAAGGACAUUGGCUCAUGGAUUUUCGGCACAGGCAAUGAUGGAUCAGCAGCCUCUUAUUCAAGGUUACGUCGAUAUGUUGAUAAACCGACUACGAGAGAACUGUGCCGAUGGCACUCGGCCUUUGGAGAUGACUGCGUGGUACAACUGGGCAACCUUUGACAUUAUCGGCGACUUGGCCUUUGGGGAGCCAUUUGGCUGCCUUCAAAACUCGGAUUAUCACCCUUGGGUUUCUCUGCUAUUCAACAGAAUUCGUACAAGUGCAGCAAAUAAUGUUUUACGCCGCUUUCCCUUUGGAGACACACUUAUACAGCUUCUUGUCUCAAAGCAGGACCGCAAAAAGUUUCACGAACAUUACCAGCUUACACAGGAAAAGGUUAACAAAAGGUUGGCCGAAACCAACCCUCGAUCAGACUUCAUGGAAGUCAUGACUAAAAAAGAGGGUGCCAUGAAAUUCUCCUAUCCUGAGCUCUUGGAUAAUGCAAGUCUGCUUAUUAUCGCCGGAUCAGAGACAACUGCUACUACCCUGUCUGGAGUCACCUAUCUGCUAUUGACCCACCCAGAAGCUUUACAAAAGACGGUAGAUGAAGUGCGAUCAAGCUUCUCAAAUGAAGACGAGAUUGAUCUUCUCAGCGUACAAAAGCUAGGCUAUAUGAUGGCUGUACUGCAAGAAACGCUUCGAAUGUACCCUCCUGUCCCAAGUACCAUACCACGCAAAACACAGCCGGGCGGCGACGUGAUUUGUGGAAAAUAUGUUCCAGAAAACACUGUCUUGGGAAUUUGGCAAUGGCCAAUGUAUCACAACGCGAAGAAUUUCACGCUGCCUGAUUCUUAUAUCCCAGAACGAUGGCUUGGCGAUGCCCGGUUUUCGAGUGACCCCAAGGACGUGCUUCAAGCAUUUUCCUUUGGUCCUCGGAACUGUAUCGGAAAGAAUCUUGCAUAUGCCGAAAUGCGCCUGAUUCUGGCAAAGGUCUUGUGGAACUUUGAUAUCAGUCUGCAUCCUGAUAGCAAAGAUUGGCUUCAGAACAACAUGGCUUAUACACUCUGGCAAAAGCCAGACCUCAAUAUCUAUAUCAAGCCAAGAGAGAUCUCAUGA